UUAUAUCCUUUAAUUUGACAAAAUGUGUCAAGUUAUUGUUUUAUUUAGUGGAUAUUCCGAAAAACUUGAGAAUAAUGUAAUGAAAGCAAAUUGUUCUUGUACAUUAAUAAAAGCAACAAAGAAUAUUAUUGUUGAUACUAUGACAGCUUGGGAUCGGGAUAAAAUAUUACAAGCCCUUUCACAGCAUGAUAUGAAACCUGAUGAUAUUGAUUAUGUUGUCUGUACUCAUAGUCAUGCAGAUCACAUAGGGAAUAAUAAUCUUUUUUUAAAUGCAGAACACAUAGUUGGAACUUGUGUUCAUCGUGGUGAAAUGUUUUUAGAUAAAAAUUUACAGGAGGAAGAGUAUCAAAUAUGUCCUGAAGUUAAAGUUGUGGCAACUCCUGGCCAUACAUCUGAAGAUGUUACUGUUUUAGUUAAGACUAAAACUACAUGUUAUGCUAUAACAGGAGAUUUGUUUGAAAAAGAAGAAGAUAUAUUAGAUCCAUCAAUUUGGAAAGAACUUGGAACUACAGAAUUGCAAAAAACUCAAUCUCAAAUGCGAUGCUAUAUUGCAAAUAUUGCAGAUUUUAUUAUACCUGGUCAUGGUCCAAUGUUUUCUGUUACUGAUGAUAUAAGAAAAAUAAUCAAAGACCAAGUAAUUGUAUAGAUUUGUUAGAAUAAGAAUAUGUAAAAUUAAAAUGGAAAUAUAAUAUUUUAUAUUA